CAGCGGCCAGGCAGUACUCUGGGCAGUGGAACCCAACGGAUCAGAUCGGAUUGGGUCGGAACAUCUCCCAAGAUGAAAGGCAUCGGCGUGACCCUCCUCUUCUUGUGCCUGGCAGGGGCCCAGGCUCGCCACUUCUGGCAGCAGGAUGCACCCCCACCAUCCCGCAUGGAGCACAUCACCCAGCAGCUCCAGAACUACCUGGAAUCCGCCAAGGCCAGCGCCAGGGAAAUGAUUGCUGAGCUGGACGCCUCCAACUUUGGCCAGCGAUUUGAGCUGGACUUGGCCACCAAGGUGGAGCUGGCGGCUGCCGCGGCCGAACAGGUGCGGGAGCAGAUUUCCCCUGGCUACCAAGCAGUGAAGAAGCUCAUGCAGUCGGACUACGAGGAGUUGGAGGCCCAGCUGGCGCCCAUCAGGGCCAAGGUCAUGCCCCUGUUUGAUGAGUUGAGCACCAGCCUGCAGGGGGUGGGGCAGGCUUACUACGAGAAGGUGACGCCGAUGGUGCAGGAGUGGCGACAGAGCGCCCGCCAGGACCUGGAGCAGCUGCGCAGCAAGAUGGAGCCCCUGACUGCCCAGGCCGGGGAAAAGGUGCGGGGGCUGAUGGCUGACUUCCGCCAGAGGGCGGCCCCCCACAUGGAGGAGAUGAGGCAGGCACUGAGGCUGCAGGUGCAGCAGGUCCAGGAGCGAGCCGUGCCCCGCCUGCAAGAGCUCCGCACCAUCCUCCAGCAGCACAUGGCGAACAUGCAGGAGUCACUGGCCCCAGUGGUGGAGGGCAUCCGCCAGAAGAUAGUGCCAGCUGUGAAGGACUUGGAAGAGCGCUUCGUGUCCCUGCUGGACACUGUCAAGAAGAACCUGGAGCAGCACACCCAGGAGCAGCAGCAGCAGUCUUAGAGGGCUGAGUGCCUCAGCUGCCUCUCUGUCUCUCUCCAGUUGGCGUCCAAUAAAAGCCAUGCCUGGUC